AUGUUGCGCCAUCUAUUCGAGAAGUUUAUAAAUGGAGCGGCAAUACCGGAAGUUUGGAAGGAAGCUUGGAUCACACCAAUCCAUAAAAAAGGAGUGAAAAGUGAGUGCCAAAACUAUAGAUGCAUUUCAGUAACGAGUACCUUCAGUAGAAUAUAUGGGAAAAUAUUGAGAAAAAUAAUCGAAGACGAAUACGAUCCCUAUGAUAUUGAACAACAAUCAGGUUUCAGAGCUGGCAGGUCAUGUGUAGACAACAUCUUCAGCAUCAACCAAAUAAAUGAGAAAAAAACAGCAACAAAUCGAGAAGUUCACCUUCUAUUUGUAGACCUCACGAGGGCAUACGAUACAGUUCCGAUAAAGAAACUGUGGCAGGUAUUAGAAAUGUCACCAAUCAACAGCACGGCAAUCAGUGCAAUAAAACAAUUAUACGGACAAUCUUACUCAAGAGUAAAACUGGGAAAAUCUCUCUCGCCAACCUUCACAGUUACAAAAGGUCUCAGGCAGGGCUGCUGUUUAUCCACCACUCUAUUUAAAAUAUACUUAAAUGAAGCUUUGAAGAGAUGGAGAAGAUCUUGCCAUGGAAUGGGAAUUCAGCUUACAGACGAUACAGCACUUUACACACUUCACUUUGCGGAUGAUCAAGUUGUGAUUGCACAAGAUAAAGAAGAUCUGGAGUUCAUGUCAAGAAGACUUUUCGAAGAAUACCAAAAUUGGGGUCUCACAGUAAAUCUAAGAAAAACCAAAUAUAUGUGCGUUGGCGGAGAGAAAGAAAAGUUGAGGGUGAAUGACGACGUUGAAAUAGACGCCUGCGAUGAAUACAUCUAUUUAGGGACGAAAAUAACAGCAGAUGGAAGAACACAAAACGAAAUAGAGAGCAGAAUAAACAAGGGAAAAACAACCAUAAGACACUUAAACUCGAUCCUAUGGUCCAAAAGCAUUUCAGCUGAGAAGAAACGCUAUAUUUAUUCCUCUGUGUUCAAGAGUAUCGUCCUAUAUGGAAGUGAAACAUGGCAGUUAACAAAAAGCCUUGAAAAAAGACUUCUAGCUCUUGAAAUGGACUUUUGGCGAAGAUCAGCCCGAGUAUCGCGAAUGGAUAGGAUGAGAAAUGAAAGAGUAAGGGAACUUAUGAAGGUAGAAAAAACAAUAAUAGAGGAUACUCAGCAGAAGCAGCUCAUUUGGUAUGGACAUGUUGAGAGAAUGUCAGAUCAAAGAAUUCCUAAACUUGCUCUGAAGUGGGUACCGAGGGAAAGGAAGAAGCGAGGAAGGCCAAAGGUUACCUGGAUGAGCGGCAUACAAAAAGCAAUGUCUGAGAGAAAUCUGAGACCAGGAGAAUGGGAGGAUAGAAGAGGCUGGAGACUGGGAACCGGAAGGCGUAGGACGCUAUAA